UGGAGAAGCUAAGUAAGUCUCUGCUGUAUCGAAACCCCUCUUUUACCCCUAAAUCCCCUAAAAUGCCAAAACAAUUUUCUAAAAUUCAAAAAUCUCUGCCAUGAGGCCUCCAAGUGAGCAGACGUGUACAAAUUUUGAAAAAUUUAUGCAGCCUUCGGCUAGGCUGACUCUUUUCAGGAAGAGGCUUUAAGAAUGAAGAAGGGAUUCUAUUGGUAAUGAAUGUAAUAGAGUUUAUAGUGAGUGGAAAAUUUUAGUCGGGGAUUUGGAGGUUAAUGGUUAUGAUAGAUAUGGGUAUAGAUCAUAAUCCGAUGUUCAUGGUGAUGCAGGAGGAGCAGUAUAAGUUUCACAUGCAGAGGUUGAAGAAUAUGAAGCCUGCGAUUGAUUCUGGGUUAAAAAGAAACCAAAAUCUUUCACUUGUCCAGCCAGAUAAGGUUCCACAGAAGAUGAAUGCAACUAUGUACUCAAGCAAAAACUCUGCACGGAACCAACCUUUAUCCGAAAGAAAUAAAAUCAAGAACAAGAGGACUGCGUUCACUUCAAAUUCUCCGAGAGGGAAGGCUAGGUCGAACUUUCGGAUGAACAAAUAAGAUCCCUCAGUUUGUUUCUCCCUCAAGGCAUUUAAAUCUUCAACUGCAGAGGAAGAUCGAUGAAGAGAAUCAUAUGAUUAUUAAAUAAACUACUUGAAGUAGAGUCUACAAAUCAAGGAAAUAUGAAGAAUACUUCCCUUCCCAAUGUGAAUUCCCGGAUGUUGGCAUUCAAGAGCCUCAACUAUGUCACUAGGAAGAAUGAUUACAACCGGAUUAAGGAUGAGAACAUGAAGCUUGUGAACAAAAUUCAGAAUGUCAAAUCUGCUAUAAAUACCAUGAAUCUGAAGCAGCAUGCUCGGAAUCAAAGAAAAUUAAAGAAAUUGCUGAACAAAAAUACUUCUGUAAGCCAGAUGAUCGAAAACAGCAGGUACAAAAUAGCCUAUAGCUCCUUUUGUCCAACUCCUGGGUUUUUGUCUACCAAGAAUACCCCCAGAUACCAGAAGGUGGCUAAUCAGAUGCUAGAGAAUGAAAAUACCAGCUUGAUUGGAGAGAAAAUGAAGAACUGGAAGACUAAUGUUCUCCAAAAGUUUGGGAAAAGAGGCUAUUCCAUUCCUAAAGCUUCCGAUAUCCCUAUCUCUAAGAUGGAGGAGACUAAAAUCAUUGUGGAUGAAAACCUCAAAAAUCAUUCAGGAGACUUUGGCACAGACCCUAAUAUGCACGAUUCAUAUCCAAAUUAUGGCAUGAGAAGUGCUGAUGUUGUUCAGAAUGAUCCAUCAACCACAGCUGUUGUUGAGCAGGAAAAGGAGAUUCUAAAUAAGAAACUUAACAUUAGUUCAAAAGAAUCGGCUUCCAAGCCUCUCUCAGCUGAUUUGAUUGAAGGGAUAGAGGAGCAUAAGGAUUCAGAAGACCAGAAAGAUACAGAAGGGGCUCCAAGAAAGAAGAAAAGAAGACGGAGAAGACAGAAGCAUGUAUGGGGUAAAGAUUUCGUAUUUUAAGCACUUUUAUUCAA